CACGUGUACCAAACCACAUCAUUUUUUGAUAAGCUCUUCUCCCCUUUGUGAAUGAACCAUUGAAGCGCGAAAGCGUAAAGAGACAAAUCGAAGAGCGACCGAUGCAUUGAGCCCAGGAACUCUGGCGAGAGGAGCGGUGCCAGUCAAGAAGAAGAAGAACAGAAGUAGAACUAGACGAGAUAUCAGGUUGUUCGAUAAGGAAAUCUGUAGAGAUACACUCUUGUGAGGUACAGCGCGGGAGUUUCACUCGACAAAAAAGCUACCCUACCAAUAGUUCAACAACUACCAAGAUGAUGGUUCCAGUUUCCACUCCAUGGAACGCAGUCUUCUGCGUCUGUUUUAUAUUAGGACUGUUUGCAAGUCAGCCAAUGAGAGUCAGUGCCCGAUUGGGAACGGCGACUUCGGCUAGAAUGGACCAAGGAGAACAACAGCACCACCACCAACCACGGCAACAGCAACAGCCGCCACCAGCAGGGCGUGCCAACCACCCACUGCCAAAGCUCACUGGCUAUGGUGCAGAUCCACAUCCAAUGUACCUUCCUCUUCCGCUCUGUGCCGGGGACUGUGACACUGACGAUCAGUGCGCGGAAGGACUGAUUUGUUAUCAGCGAAGAUCAGGAGACCCGGUGCCUGGCUGUCAGACCAAUGGAGUUGUCGAGAGCCAAACGGACUUUUGCAUCCCACCGGACGCUGCAUGGGUAGACGAUCUUUGGGUAGACCAAGAGGAAACCGUCACUUUGGCACCCACAAUCAGCCCGCACUAUUAUGUGACCAACACGGAGGCACCCACAUUUGCAGGAGAACACGUCAUGAUUCCCGUUAUAGAUGAUGACGGCAUUUGGAAUGCUACGACUUCCAAGAAUGACACUACUAGUAGUACGACGGCAUCCCCGACACCGUCUACUAUUGAAAAUGCCCGGUUUUUCUUCGACGAUUGGAAUUUCGACGAUGCCCCCACAGCGUCGCCCACAUUUGACUUUCGAGGUCCUCCUCUUACCGAUGCACCCACAGCGGAAGCCUGGUCCUUUUUACUAAACUAUCAUUCCGAUCCAGUCCCCUUGAUCUUUGUGGGAAAUGACGGAGACUACGAAACGUAUCCGCUGGGACCUUGUAUGGCCGAUUGUGAUCAGGAUGAAGAUUGCUAUGGCAAUCUGGUUUGUUUUCAACGCGACGGAGGAGAACCGGUACCUGGUUGUCUGGGAACAGACCGAGGAAGGAGCGACUAUUGUGUCUUUCCUCAUCACCUGGAACGAGAGUAUCCCGAACUGGCAGCGCUGGAUCACGAGCCUUUUCAGAAUGGAUUUCAACUCAAACUGUACUGGGAAGAAGGGUACAAGUGGCAAAAUGAAACCUUUGAACGACACUGGUGCAUUACACGCAACUACACGGGGUCCCCCAUUACGGGAGAAUGUUGGUUCGGAGAUCAUUCCAACGAGUGCAAUUUCGACGAACUGUACAUUGACAAAUGCAGUCCACCGGACGACCCCAAUCCGACUCAAUUGUUUGAUUUCGUCCCCGUUUCGGACGACGAAGUAUUGAUCCAAGCGUACAAUGAAGAUCGUUGCGUGCAUCGGUUCCAACGGAACAUUACCAUGGAAACGUGUGAUGCCAGCAAUCACCGCCAACGAUGGUUUGCCGUCCGGGGUGGUUUCAACGAGCCAAAGUUUGAACUCAGUCAGAAACGCAUAUUCCAAUACUGUCUCAAUCAGGACCAUCAUCCCAAACCUGGGGAGGUCAUUGCCAUGUUCCAUUGUGAAAUGAUACGGGGUCCAGAGCAUGAAACGUCGUGGUGGGAGCUUUUGGAUAACACCCGGAAGAGACAUCAUCUACCAGUGCCGGUUAGUAGGGGAUGAUGAAUGAGGAGGAAUAUAUAUACAUGUAGGAAUGGGAACAAGGGAAGUUUUGGCCAACAAUGAUCAAGGACAGUGGGCUUUGAAGUCAACUUUAUUAUGAAAUCAAUCGAUUUACAGGUCUGUCUCUAUCCCGCUAUGAUUCUCAGAGACAACCGUACAGUACAAGGAACUGCCUGUGAUGGGAAUUGGACUACUUGAAUAUGGAAUGAAUUUAACCUAAUGUUUAUACCAGUGUGGUACGCUGUAGUGUCAGAGAUAAUAUGUAAAAGAAGAGUUACUAUU